AUGAAUCCGCUGAAGCUCAACACCACCUCCGUGGGACUGGCCGUGACGCCAACCGUCGUCUCCACACUCUUCUCACAUUACCUCAACCGCAACCCUCUGAAACAGAAACCGACCGCCCACCUGUCCUACGACGAAGGCCUGCAUCUCGUCCGAUCGUUCCUCGAGUUCGCGUCCCAGCACACGGUCGAGGAACUGCAGGCGUUCACGGCCCAAUGGGUCCCGCAUCCGCAAUGGGUCAAGGUGGAGGACGCCGACAUCCCGGAGGAGCACGUCGACAAGUCUGCCGGGCUGAUCGAGGCGCAAUUGGGGCCCGCGGGUGUCCACGCCGUGGGUGGCCGCAAGUGGUGGCAGUGGAGGAAGCCGCAGAGUCCCCUCAAGGCGGAAUGGAUCGAGAUGCGGUCGGAUUACCACGAGCGGAAGAAGAACGACGGCAAGACGAAGCGGGUGAUGCUCUACGUGCACGGCGGCGCCUACUUCUUUGGUAGUGUCGACGAGCACCGCUACCAGAUGCAGCGUCACGCCCGCAAGCUCAAGGCAAGGGUCUUUGCGCCGCGAUAUCGUUUGGCACCGCAGUUCCCGUUCCCUUGUGGUCUGCAGGACUGUUUAGCGGCGUAUUUGUACCUGCUCACCGUCCAAGAUCCCAGCACGAUCGUGUUAGCGGGUGACUCGGCGGGUGGUGGAAUGGUGCUGUCCAUGAUGGUUAUCCUAAGAGACCAGGGCAUCCCUCUGCCAGCCGGCGCGGUUCUCAUCAGCCCGUGGGUUGAUCUAUCCCAUUCGUUCCCCAGCGUAUCCGGUGACAACCCGUUUGACUACAUCCCGUCGUCGGGUUUCCACCACCGUCCGUCACGGGCCUGGCCGCCGCCGAACGAAGACGAUAUGGCGAUGAUGAGAGAACAGGCCAUCAAGGCCCGGGCAGGCAAGGAGAAGAAUGCUACGAAACUCAAUACGCUUGAGAAGAAGCAGGCCGCUCCAAUUGCACUCACUAACUCAGGCGAGGACGGAGCCGCUGUGAAUGGUGCUUCCGGGAGCAAGGCGCCGGAUCUGGCAGAUCCGAAUCCCCGCAAGACGGCACUCCAGCUGCAAGUGACAAUCGACGGCAAGCUGACCGUAGUCAAGGAUCAGAUCCAGAUGUACACAACCAACGCGCUUCUGUCACACCCAAUGGUAAGCCCUGUCAUGCAACCGACACUCGGGGGACUCCCUCCGUUACUCAUCAUGGUCGGAGGAGGCGAAGUCCUUCGUGAUGAGCAGAUCUAUCUUGCUCACAAAUGUGCAAACCCCUCUAAAUAUGCGCCCCCCGGUCUGGAUGAGGCAGGCUUGGCGCAGGUGGACAAGUACAGGCCAACAGACGUGCAGCUUCAAGUGUGGGAUGACCUCUGCCAUGUAGCUCCGACGCUCAGCUUCACCCGGCCUGCCAAGUACAUGUAUCGCGCGGUCGCACAGUUCGGUGCCUGGGCUCUGGCGAGAGCGCAGCACUCGGAGAUUGAGAUCUUGGACGACGACGAUAUCUCUGUGAUUUCCAGCUCCGCGUCGGAAUCUGAUAAGCCGGAAGAGGGAGAAAACCCCGAGAAUGCACCGCAGCUGGUCGGGAAGGCCGGCAUGCCGUUACCCCCGUUCAAGAAACACAUGAUCCGACAACGGAUCACCCGACACGGCGUCGUCCACGACCUGGUGCCUGAGUCUGAGCUCCCUGGGUGCACCAUCAAGCAGGAGGAAGUCGGUGUUGUCAGGCCCACGCCGGUUCAGAGGUGGCUUAAGACGAAGGCAACAUUUGACAAGAAGUUCUCGAGCACCAAGGCCAAGGUUCACAAGGCCAUCAUUAAGGAUAUGGCAUCCGGCUUCGUCGAUUUUGGUGACGGCGAGAACCCGCCACCGACCGCGCUGGCUGGACGACGAAAGGCUACCGAUGAGCUGGUUGAUCGCAAGAAGCACAAGAGCUUGGGUCUGGCUCUGUGGUCACUUUGGGGGUCGAAGCACGACGAGAUGACGAUGGAGAGGGAGAAGAAGGCCGAUUCGGGGGCAAAGACGUCCAUGACCACGGAGGGCUCAGGUGAAGGAGCCAGGUUCUUCCAGGAUGUCGAGCAGCAGGAUAGGGCGCCAAUUGAACGGCGAGGAAGCAAGAGACGUGUGGUCGUCGAUGAGCACCAAACGUCACAGGCCACCGACUCCCAGGUCACAGAUUCGCAAACGGAAGUGGACGAGACGGCCGUCGAGGCCCUCAUUGAGAAGAGGAGGGAGCAGGAGAAGCAGAACGAUCAUCUCAGCCCGGACUACGUCCCCGGAACCGGCGUGGCCGGCAAGCGCCCGUUCCUUGACGGCAUCGCCCUGCCGUUCAGCCUCGGCAAGAAGGACGCGGAGACGGCGAGCAUGAUGACGCUGAUGUCUGGCGGUGAUAGUCGACCCAUCAGCCCCAUGCCACCCAUCGACCGCGACCAUGAUAGUCAUGAAGUCCACGACAGUCAGGCUACUGAGGUUUCCCCUGAGCCGACGCCGGGAGAAGAGGCCAAGCGACCUCAGUUGGAUAACUUCGUUACGGCCGCGGAGGACCUCCCCAUGUCCAAGGACAAGGGCAAGGGGAAGGAGAUCGCUAAUGGGAACGUCGAGCAGACGGCGUAA